CGAAUAUAUAGGCAGCUGCAAACAUGGCCGCCUAUCAUAGUUAUUUUGUGGCUCUAUCAAUCUUUCUGUUGUUUGCCUCCAAAGCGGCGGCCAAAGCCUCCAACCACCCAUUCGUAACCAUUCUCAACAAAACAUACGAAGGUAUAUCAACCACAUUACUCACAGAAGAAUUUAGAGGAAUUCGAUACGGACAGAGCCCCACUGGUGGACUUCGCUUUACAAGACCGCAACCAUUUGACCCAACGGGGAGAAUUGACGCUCGACAUUACGGGCCUGGCUGUCCCCAAGGCCUACAAUACACAACCGAAGAAAGCCAAGAUGAGGACUGCUUAUUUCUCAACAUUGUUCGGCCAUCUUUAAGGAGUAAGGAACCAUUACCUGUGAUUUGCUGGUUACAUGGUGGUGCAUACAGGACCGGUCAGGCUUCGCUUUACAAUGGCACUGCUUUGGUGUCUCAGUCGAUACAACUGGGUCUACCCGUCAUCUACGUUGGAAUCAACUACCGUUUGAACGGCUUCGGAUUCUUGGCUUCAUCCAAAUUGCUACAGUCAGGCGACGUUAAUCUCGGCCUACACGACCAAGAGCUUGCACUCAGAUGGAUAUCUCGGAACAUCGCUUGGUUUGGGGGAAACAAAGACAGGAUAACACUGUUUGGUGAAUCUGCUGGCUCUGCAGAAACUUGGGCCCACAUAGUCCGUCAAGAGCGCUCUGCAGAAUCUCUCUUCCAAGGAGCUGCGCUGAUAUCUGGCGCACCUGGCGGUAUAUGGCCUCACGUAGACGAUGCCGCUUUGUAUGAUGCAGCUUUUCAGAACCUAGUGGAUACCACAGGUUGCCGUUCUGCUACAAAUGAGGUUGACUGUCUGCGUAGACAGGAUUUCAAAAAACUUGACAAUAUCUUCAAUGGUAUCAACAGUACAUGGGAGAAAAGCUUCAAAUACAGCAUAGGUAUUGUCAAGGAUGAAUACUGGUUUAAUUCAUCUGCGUGGCAAAGUUUGAUCGAUCAGAAAUUUGCAGAUCUACCAUUGCUAGUUGGAUACAACCACGAUGAAGGCACUCGGCUCUAUGACUGCACACAUCAGUCUAUGCAAGCAAUUGACCUUAUUCGUGAUGCGGCUUAUGCCUUCAAUGAUUCGACUUUACAAUGGGCCUUAAGUUUAUAUGCUACCUACCUGGAAAUCCUAAACAUUUCUCUUAUAGAUGUCACUGCUGGUGGACGAUACGCAAGCUCAUCUAAUCAAAUCACUACAUUUUUCUACACUGACCUUUAUUUUGCAUCCGGGGUACAGAAAGUACUCGACGUAGUAAGCAAAUCCCAAAACAUUUGGGGUUAUCGCUUUGAUCAAAUGCCACCAUAUUCCGCUAUAAAUCUGUCCUAUGGAUAUCCUGGCACAUCGGUAGCCAAAGCGGCUUGCAUGGGCACAUAUCACUCGUCAAUGCUGUCAUACCUAUUCGGAGAUGUCCAGUCGCUUGUGGAUGCUACAGUUUACGAUAAGCGACUCUCGAAAUUUAUAAUGGAAGGUUGGCUAUCUUUCGCGACAUAUGGCUAUCCGAAGAUUCAAAAUUCGACCCAAUUUACGUGGGACCCAUACAACUACCAGGGCAAGAUCUUAGAUUUGAAACUGAAUAAGGAUGCAAAGCCAACUAUGUUAAAAAAUGUAUUCCGAGAAAAAUCAUUGGCGUUGAUAUCCAAGAAAGUCUCCGAAAGCCAAGAGCUUUACACCCCGGUGUAAGAACCCGCUUACUGCGCCAUCAUUAUCCGACAUGUUACACAAUUUUUACACAGCUUCGCAAUUCGCAUUCUGCGUUCCGCAUUACGCUGUUUAUCCUCUCCGCCAUCUGCUAUUCGCAAUUUACAAUCCGCCUUUCGCCUUUCGCACUCUGCAUUCGCACUUCGCAAUUCGCACUUCUUACGUGACAUUUAACUUUUUGUUCAGAUGAGAAUUUCUAAACGUCUAUAUAAGUAUUUGCAUCUGCAACGGAUCCGAUGAUUGAGAAAUUCAUGC